AUGGGGCAAUUCUUUAAAGCCACAAACGAGCCACUUUUUAAUUCAAAUGCACAAUCUUCACUCAAAAAGAUUGUUACACAAAAUUCGAAGCAUCGUCACCUUACCACUCAAAAAAUUCAAGAAUUAUAG